AUGGCUAACUAUAAGCACAAGGAGCGAGAGAAGGACGAUCCCAUCGAGGCUUACCAAAAGCUAUUUCUUACUGAUCCUGAUGCGGUUCUUAUAAAUGAGGCUUUUGAUGUCCCUGUUAACCCCUAUGUUGAACGGCCCUGCUUUGAAGGGGACCAUUUGAUCUCGUUCGAUGAGAAUUCUGAAAGUGGUCUUGCUCUUUCUCGGUAUCCCCAAUAG